GUUCUGGCAGGCUGUUGCUUUGUCGUUGUUGUCGUCCAUACACUUCCACAAUAAGUCCCUGGCAUCCCAGCAGGCUUUCCUCUCGGCGGAGUUUGGAGCUGCCAUCACCACUUGACUGUGGAGGGAAUCUAAAAAGUAAUGAAGAAAAGCCCCAGAGGUUGCCAUGGUGCCCAGCAGCAAUCCAUCUCUGUUUGUGUGCUCAUGUGGACCGAGGGGGAAUAGAAAACAGGCAAUCCUCUGCAGAGACGUGGUGCUCACAGUCCUUUUGAGAAAGUUUUGGCCUCCGGGUAAUAGAGAUGCUUUCAGACCAUCCAACACAUCCUUGUCGUUGUGACAGUUGAACCUUUGGUCCGUGGCUUCAAGAAACUCCCAGAAGAUAUUGACUGGUCAUACACAGCACUGCCUUAACUCUCUUGGGCAUGGAGAUCACGAGAGCUUCACAGAUUGCCACUGGAGUCCUCUUCCACUCCUGACAUGACAUCAAGGGGCUGGUGGAUGACACCUAGCGCUCUUCCACCUCCCGUUUGAGGAUGCCCCACAGAUGCUCAAUAGGUGCCCUCAACCAGCGUAACUGGGGUAAGAAGUACCCAUCCUGUAACAGUGCCAGGCAGUCUCCUGUGGACAUCGACGAGACGUUCACUCAGGUGCGGCUGCAGUACCAGAAACUACAACUAGAGGGCUGGGACAGGCUUACGGCAGAGUCCACCACCAUCCACAACAACGGGAAAACAGUGGCUAUCACUGUGGAUGGAAACUUCUUUGUCAGUGGAGGAGGGCUGAGCUCCAGGUUCCGUGUUGAAACCAUCGCCUUCCACUGGGGGCGCUGCAAUACUACUUUGGAAGGGUCCGAGCACAGCUUGAAUGGGAUGAAAUACCCACUUGAGAUGCAAAUCUACUGUUAUGAUCCAGAUGACUUCCAGAGUUUAGAUGAAGCCGUCCGGGGGGGAGGGAGGAUUGCUGCAUUAGCUGUGCUGUUUGAGAUCAGCCUGGAUGACAACGGAAACCUCAGUCCUGUCGUAGAUGCUGUCAACACUGUUAGUCGAUUUGGUAAGAGUGGAUCAAUGGAGGCCUUCACCUUGCAGUCUUUGCUGCCAAAUAACACAGACAAAUACUACAUCUACAACGGCUCGCUGACUUCUCCUCCCUGCACGGAGACGGUGGAAUGGGUGGUCUUUAAACAGGCUGUGGCCAUAUCGGAAACACAGUUGGAGGUGUUCUGUGAGGUGAUGACCAUGGAGCAGGCGGGAUAUGUGAUGCUGACUGAUUACCUGCAGAACAACUUCAGGGAGCAGCAGCAGUUCAUUGGACAGGUGUUUGCCUCGUACACGGGAGUGGAGGACGUGCCCACGCCCACCUGCAGUUCGCCGCCAGAAAACGUCCAAGCUGACGCACAGAACGAGACGACCAUUGUAGUGACGUGGGAGCGCCCCCGUUUUGUUUACGACACGACCAUCGACUGGUACACCGUCACCUACGAGAGGCUGCAGGGCCGAAACCAGAAGAAGCAGGAGUACAGGACCGACGGGGAUCAGGACGUGGGAGCCAUCAUUCCCAGUCUGCUGGCCAACAGCAGCUAUGUGGUUCAGGUGAUGGCCGUUUGCAACAACGGCCUCAGAGGAAGAUGGAGUGACCAGAUUAUAGUGGACAUGCCGUUAGAGGACCCUGACAGUGAUUCAUUUCCUGAUGUUUCUAAAGGCAGCAAAGAGGUGCCAACUAAUGUCAGAUGGCAGAAACCGGAGAAUCCCAAUCCUCUGGAUUCAACCCCAGAUCACAGUCCAGUAGAGGAGAUCCCAGCAGAGCAGACCAGAGUUUACCAGAAUCAACCCACUCAGUCAACCCCAAAGCCUCCUCCUGAGACCUCCGUACAGAAAACACGGCUCAACCCGAAUGUAAAAAAGAAACCGACAAAGCCUAAAAGUGGUGACGUAAACAAAAACCGUAUCGAUGAGGAGCGGAGGACUCGAACACAAAGGAUAUUUACUCAUGGCGGUUUGGAUGGGAACAGUGCAAUCUGGGUGACUGGUAUAACCGAGCAACCGGGCUUCCUGUUUCCUGUCUCUCAGCCCAACACUCUGCCUACGGUCCGGCGUCAAAUCACGGAGGAGGCGUCUCUGAUACAUCAGUCGCAAGAGCUCAGCCCAACAGAUUCAAAUGAAAGUGAAAGUGGCCUCCCUUCUUCACAGUCGGACCUCUACUCCUCCACCGGGGAGGACAUCCAAGUCACAGAUGUCUUCUAUGAAGACUCAGUCAACAGCUCUUCAUCCCAAAUCACCACCUCCUCUUUGGAACGAUCCACUGCCGCUCUGCCAGGAGGUGUGGUGGCCAAAGGGACAAACGAGUCCUCUGUAAACAAGCCUCCAGAAACGAGCACCGCCUCAGCCUCGACCUCGUUCUGGAUCACAACGAGGACGGUGACUGCAAGCAACACCCUUGCCGAUACGGUCUACAAGUCAUUCACCUCCUCGUCCCUCCUUAGGGUGCUCAUGCACACCACCCAGCCUAUGUUUAAUGAGGGAAGGAACAGCAGUCAUGAAUCUCACGUUGGGUUGGUUGGAGGUGUGGAGAGGGAGAAGCGGACCAUCAUUCCUCUGGCUGUUGUGUCCACUCUCACUAUCCUAUGUUUACUGGUGCUGGUUGGAAUACUUGUCUACUGGAGAAACUGCUUCCAGACGGCUAACUUCUACCCAGAUGACAGCGUAACACCGAAAGUCAUAUCAGCUCCGUCCACACCGCUGCUGCUUGCCACAGACGGUCACGAGCCACUGACGGUGAAGCAGUUUGUGAAGAAUGUCAUGGAGCUCCACAGCACCAACACCUUCUCCAAGGAGUUUGAGAUUGUGAAAGAGUCCUACGAGGAGGUGCAAGCGUGCACAGUGGACAUGGGCAUCACUGCUGACAGCUCCAGUCAACCAGAGAACAAAUCCAAGAACAGAUACAUCAACAUCCUGGCCUAUGAUCAUAGUAGAGUGAAGCUCUCCAACAGUUUAGACCGAGAUGGGGCAUGUGGAGACUACAUAAACGCAAAUUUUGUUGAUGGUUACGAGCGUACGAGGGCCUACAUCGCAGCUCAGGGCCCGCUCAGAGCAGGCAGGGAAGACUUCUGGAGAAUGAUCUGGCAGCAGAACGUUGGCAUCAUCGUCAUGAUCACCAACCUGAAGGAGAAAGGACGGACAAAGUGUGAUCAGUACUGGCCAGAGGACGGUCAGGAGGAUUAUGGUCCGUACCAGGUGACCUUGAAGAGCACCAAGACUCUUGCUUACUACACUGUGCGGACAUUCAUUGUCAGAGACACCACAAAUAAGGCAUGUCAGAGGAAAGUGGAACACACAGUCCACCAUUACCACUACACCCAGUGGCCAGACAUGGGCGUCCCAGAAUACACCCUGCCUGUCCUGUCCUUCAUCAGAACAUCGUCUCGCGCCCGAACGCAAGAGAUGGGACCCGUCCUGGUGCACUGCAGUGCUGGAGUAGGAAGAACAGGAACUUACAUCGUGAUUGACAGCAUGCUGCAGCAGAUCGAGGAUCAGGGGACGGUGAAUGUCCUCGGGUUCCUCAAACAUGUGCGGACACAGAGGAACUACUUGGUUCAGACGGAGGAGCAGUAUGUGUUCAUCCACGACGUCUUAGCGGAGGCUAUCUUGAGUCGCCACACCUCUGUCACCUCUGACCUCCUCCACACGUACGUGUCCGACCUCCUAACGCCUGGAGUGUCAGGCAGGACGCGCAUGGACAAACAGUUCAAGUUGAUUAGUCAACGCCAAGCCAAGCACGCUGACUAUAGCACGGCUCUGCGAGACGGCAACGCAAUGAGGAACAGAGCCAGAGCGCUCAUGCCUGUGGAGAGAUCCAGAGUCUGUCUAACUGCCACAGAAGCAAACUCCUCAGGUUACAUCAACGCCUCAUAUGUGCUGGGCCAUAACCACAGUAAAGAAUUCAUCGUGAGUCAGACCCCUCUUAGCAGCACCGUGGAGGAUUUCUGGCGAAUGAUCUGGGAACACAACACACGCACCGUCGUCCAUCUGCCCGACUCACAUCAUCAUACGAGUGAGAACGGGGAUCCGUGUCUUUACUGGCCUUCUAAAGACCAGAUAAUGAGCUUUGACGGAUUCACUGUGGUGUAUUCAGGGGAGAAGAUGCUGUGUCUGUCCAAUGAUGACAAAGUUCUGGUGCAGGACUUUACAUUAGAAUCCACACAGAACAAUUUUGCCCUGGAGGUGCAUCUUUACAUUGCAUCCUGCUGGCCCAACCCGGACAGCCCGAUUCGGAAUUGUUUCGACCUUAUCAACACAGUCAGUGAGCACAGCAGACACACAAACGGACCAACAGUGGUGCACGACCCGUUGGGAGGCGUUACAUCUGGGCUCUUCUGCGCCCUCACCACCUUGUCCAAUCAUUUACAGGAAGAGGGACAAGUCGAUGUCUACCAGGUGGCACGUAUGACAAACCUCAUGAGGCCGGGGGUCUUUAAUGAUAUAGAGCAGUACCAGUAUCUGUACCAUGCAGUGCUGAGUCUGGUGAGCAGCCAGGAGGAUCAGCGAGCCCUCCAGAGUCCAGAAACCAAUGGUUCAGUACUGUUAGGGAAGACCAACAUUGCUGAAAGCCUUGAGUCACUCAUGUAGAGGCCACACACACUCAUACACUAACGCUAAAACACGUGUUGAACUUAAGUCGUCUCUGCAAGCAUCGAAGAGGUGUGAGUACUUUUUUUUUUUUUUUAAAGGGGACCUAUUAUGCUUUUCCUCUUUUCUGAGCUCUAAAUGUUGUUACAAUGUUGAAUUCUCGUGUUAAAUGAUGCCAACAUGUCAGAUAAUGAGGUUUGCGCAUUUGGAAGCGAGCCCUGAAAGCAGUUUUGGACGGCUCUGCACGCUGUGUUUUACAGUUUUUCAAUUCAACACGGACUUCCUUAUAUGCCCAGCACCCCCGCUCUGCUUCGCUCUGUUCACGGUGUUAGCACGUCGAGUAAUGGCUCCCCGGAAAUGUUUGUUCGAGUGUGCCUAAAGAGGCAAGCGUCAGGCAGAAGUGGUUGGAGUUGCUGAUUCCUGGCCAGCAAGAGAAAAAUAUGCUCAUCUGUCAACGGCAUUUCAAUUUGAAGCUCGACGUCCGACGCCUUUCCAACGUUACUUGGUCGUGUCGAAGAGUCAGAAGAGCAAGCCGUAAGUAACUAUUUAUCAGUGUCCUCACUGUUUAUUUUGUGUAGUGAUCGGACAAAAGGGGUUCGGCAGCUGUCCGGGAGCACUUGGACGCCUGGGAGGAAGGCGUACCUGGAGGGGUGCCGGGGUGGAGUAAAUUACACACACCGUUCAGGCGGGAGGCAGGAAACACUGCAGGAAGAAGUGCAGAGUCUGGAAGACCUACAAAGCUUUCUGUGCGGGUUGUCGUGUGUAGCUGCUCUCGAGGAACCCAGAACUCAAUACAAAGGCCCGAAAAUUAGUAUAAUGGGUCCCCUUUAAAGUAAUCUUCUGCAAAUGUCACGGCUUCCUUAAAAGACAAAAAAGGUUACUUCUGUAACUGUCAAGCUCAUGCUAGUCAUUUUUAUCGUGCUCACAGAGCAAAGUCAAGUGAUAAACUCGCAGCCUGGUUUUAAAAACUAGAUUCUGAAUAUAAUUUCACUGUAUCCAUUGCAUUUGUGUGCGAAAGCACAUUUAAAUCACACAAUACAAAUUACUACCUAUGAAAGAAAAUGAAUGAACUGCAUUCCUAGGCUAAUUCCCUAAUGAACCAGCGUUAUUUUGGGGUGUUUUAAAAAGUAGUGAUGGCUGCCAUUGGCUCUGGUACCCGGUGCCUUUUGUAAAUCACUUGUACAUUCAUCUUGUACUUUAAAGCUCUUUUUGCUAUGACUGUUGAACGACUUCUAUUUUUCCUAACGGCGGGUACUGUCUCGUUAGUUUCGUUAAGGGGAGUAACAUUCCAUCAAAAUUCUGUUGUCAGUAUUGAACGUAUUUUGUCUAAAUGGUCCUCAAUCGGGCGCGAUCAAUCAAGCAAUCAGCUUCUCCUCCAGCAACUUACUACUUGUGUGCGUGUGCGUGUGUGUAAAUAUCCCUGAAGCACCAAAAGGCCAAAUUACUGUAAGUUUUUACUGUACCUAAAUUUUCUAUGACAUUUUCUAGCCAUUUACACGUAUAUACUGUAUAACUGUGUGGAUUCUUUUUGAUAACUCCACUACUGAAUUACUGUUCAUAGAUUUAACACAUUGUUACCGCUUUUGUAUCAAUAUAAUUGUAGCAAGUUAGCACAUUCAUCUCCAGCCGCAAACGUGUGCAGUAUGUAAAUAGAAACAGAUUGAAUAAAGACUUGGCUUGAAUAUGA